AUGAAACUAUCAAUUAUUUUACUUAAACAAGUUUCACAAUUUCGAUUCAGUAAUUAUAUACCAACUCGACGUAUUCCAGGAAAUAUAUUGAUUGGGAAACAUCGUGUUCGACGUUCAUUAACUCAAGGUGAAAAACAGGAUAUGAAACAACGAAUUGAAAUUGAAUUAGAAAAUAUGGCUCAUCUUAGUCGACCAUAUCUUACUGAAGCAGAAGACAAUCUUUAUGAAAAUGAUCCAAUACGUAAAGAACAUGAAGAAAAAGUAUUGGCAUUGAAACGACGCGAAGAAGAAAUACCUAAACAUAUUUAUUUAAAACGUGAUUUAUUAGAUCGUGUAGCGUGUUGGGAUACAUUAUAUGAAGGUGAAUUAAAUAAUUUCAAUGAGUUUGGUGAUGAAGGAGAAAUUUGGUUUGGUAAAAGUAUUUUAAGUAAACUUGUCGAUAAUGUAUGUCAAUUAGUAACUGAUAAAGAAAACACAACUAUCUUAGAUAUUGGAACAGGCAAUGGUCAUGUUAUUCAACGUUUAUUAGCUCGUGGCUAUACUCAUUUAACUGGAAUUGAUUAUUCAGAAAAUUCAAUUGAUUUAGCUCGUAAGCAAAUUGGAUCAAAUGUAAAAUUUCAAGUGAUUGAUAUGACUUCAUCAGAUACAUCAUCAUUACUUGAUCAUUACGAUAUUGGAAUUGAUAAAGGAACAUUAGAUGCUAUUCUUCUAUGUGCACCUGAUCAACGAAAAGCCAAACGUGAUGCUUAUAUCGAUACUGUUUAUCGACAUAUAAAAAAUCUCUUAUUUAUUGUUUCAUGUAAUUGGACACGAAGUGAAUUAUUAGAAUUUUUCCAACCGAAAUUUUCAUUAGAACGUGAGGUUGAUACACCAACAAUGAUGUUUGGUGGACGACAAGGAAAAACAGUAACUUUUCUUAUUUUAAAAAGAAACAAUUGA